AUUUAUCACUCGUAAAAACCGGAUACAACUCGGUGGCUAUCCCACUUUGUUUUCUCAAGAAGAGAUCGAAAGUGGUGUACCGAGUCUCCCACAGGAAGCCGAUGUAACUGGUAAGUUUUAAUGUCCUUUAUUACUCGUGUAGUUAGUUUACUUCAAAUUUAAUGUUGCUGAAAAUGUUAAAUCUAAUGCUCGGACAUAAAGAACACUCUAAUAAGAUCAUAUAAAAAUACCAUGCUAAUGAAAGUUCUGGAGCAAUAAAGUUAAAAAUAGGGUUGUUUCCAUCUACAAAUCUUAGGGCAGAAAAGUAUCUCAAUAAAUUCUUAUGGAUUAUAAGAACAUGUUAAACUUUUUUUUUUAUAGGCUGCAUCGAGCAGACGAGCCGCCUGAUGGGAAGCAGUCAUCGCCGCCCAUGGACAUAAGCAACAUCGGAGGAGCCACUUAUGCGUUGCCAACCUUUGAGAACCCUAAAAACCUGCUUCUUGAAGAACCCCAUGUCAUAGCGCAAGGGAAACAGCUCAGAAGAAGAAUUCCACAACUUGCACGUUCUGGGAAAAAACGAGCGAGAUGCCCGCUUGUUCUUGGUUUGCCACGUGUCGAGAAAGUGAGGAUGAACUUUGUUUCUUUGGGAGGUGCGGUGAUAAAAACGUGACGGUGGCACCAAUUCAAAAAGUUCUACUUUAAGUAAACUACCUUUAGUGGACCUCUAAUGAGCAUAUUUUUGUAAAUAUUGAAUUUAAAAUAUCUUUUAACAUACGGCACGUGACCGAAGUCGAAACGACAAUGAAGAUUCUGAUGACGUCACAACUCACGGUUUGACACUGGGCCAUAACCGCGAAAAUCGAAGUUCGUCAUUGCGGGCAUUUUUCUCUGUCAUUCUAAUUACGUCUCAGUAGGAGUAAAAGAAAAAGAUCCCCACAAUAUACGAUUUUCGGUUUUUGCGGUAGGCCCCCCGUUGUGUAUAUAGGUCUGUUCUCGCACAAAAUUUAAUACUCAAGCCGUAGCCAUUUUGGUGGUGGGCAAUUAAUUGGAGCUUCGAUAUCCAUUCCGACCUUUGCUUUGCUCUCAAACAAAAGCCAUCUUAAUAUUAAUCUUAACUUUUGUGUUGUCGUCGUAUACAAUAAUUAUCGAAGUUUAUCUUUGUAAUCAUAAGCGUAUUUUAAUCUUACGAUGAGAGAUUUGUAUGUACUUUAUAUAUGGUAUAUAAAGCUACGUAAAUCACGAGGAUUCGACUUUUUCAUUUCUCCGCCUACAUAACCCAUCCCUGUCAGUUGGUAAGAAUCCACGGCAUCCUCUUCGGUACCCAGAGUGCAAUAGGUCGUAACAGGAAGGUAAACAUGCAGCCAAAGGUACCGAUGCUCAACCUGAACAACGAAAUAGUACAUUACGAUACAAGUGCGAAAAAUAGGAAAUUCGAAACGAGUGGCGAUAAAUUAAAACACGACCGAAGGGAGUGUUUUAAAUCGACACGAGUUGCGAAUUACCUAUUCGCACAUGUAUCGUACAACGUUUUACAGUACAUAUGGCCCUUUAAAUGUUCGACACAGUAACGUAAUAUGCUACUUCUCGCACUAGUGCUAUAAAGUAGCCCCAUAUGUACUGUAAAAUAAUUAUUUCUAAUGUGGCAGAUUUACCACCUUACUGUCGCAAAGUAUACGAAGAGUAUAAAAAAUCUAAAAAGCAAUUGGACUUUAUGAAGAGCCAGGAAGGCCAUGAAAUUCUCAAAAACACGAUGUUUUGAAAAAUUUACCACCAAUGUAAAUCCUCUGGCAAAAAAAAUUGGAUGCAAAUAACGCAAUGUAACAAGAAACAAAAAGGCAGGCGUUUUACAGAUGAAGAAAAAAUUAUAUCACUGGCAAUAAUAAAGCAAAGUCCUAAGGCUGACAGAUUUCUACAACAAAUAUUUAUUUUGCCCUCUAGAAACACUCUGAAUGUGCAACCGGGCAUCAAUGUUCAAAUUUUUGAUAGAAUUAAAGAUCAGGUAAUUAUUACUUAUUACUCCAACCUGUUCCUCGGCAACGUGAAGGGGCUGGUGUCGAAGAAGAGGAAGGCGAAGCCUCGCCCCGGGACCGAGGAGAAGGGCGGGGAACCUUCCUCAAGGCCGCAGGAGGGUUCCAAGUCGAAGAAGAGGAAGGCAACUGAUUCCGGAGAGCCACCUGUGAAGAUUUCCCGCGCCAGGGAGUCCUCAUCCGUUGAGAAGCGGUCGUUGGUCUCCCACCGAAGCCUGUCCACGAGCUCGCUGGAGGGGGACGCCUUCCUCAAGAGCCUUGCAAAGGGCGUCCGGGACCCGGAGAUGAGGAGAGCCGCUCUGGAGAUGCUUCUCGCGGAGGCGGAUGCCGGAGGAGGAGGAUCAUCGGCCGAAAAGAAGUCCCCGGUCAAACCGGGAACGUCCACUCAUUUGGAUUACCAAAAAGGGAUGGACCACAUCAAUGGAUUUGUCCACCUAAAUAAAAAAACAAAUAAUUUUGCAGAUCAUGCAUUAGCCUUCAUGGUGAGAGGUGCCAUACACAAGUGGCAACAGCCUAUAGCUUAUUAUUUCUGCGAAGGAGCGACAAAAAUUGAAGAGUUAAGGGUAAUAUUAAAAACAGUGAUUGGUGCCGUCAUCGACACGGGCUUGCUGCCGGUCGCGGUGGUCUGCGACCAGGGGCCAGGCCUUCCAGGCGGCCUUGAAGGGCCUCAUGGAAGAGACGCGUAGCGGCCAGCUUAGAGCCGGAAAUCAGAUUGGUCAAGACUUGCACACGAGUCCUGAGCAAUAUCCUGGCGGCAGCCUUAUCGUAUACAUCAAAAUUUUCUCACUACUCGGACGGUAGAAAAGUAAGUGACACGAUAAAAAAUACAUCAAAAGUGGUGUGAUUCUUGCAAAGGGGCCACUCUUAAUAGCAAAGAAGCAAGUGGGAAAUCGUUGAAGAAGGCGGUGACAGAUGGGUCUCAACACCACCAAUUUUGGCGUGAUGCUGUAGAAAAAUUAGAGACACUAAGAUUUAUCGAUGAAAAACGUGGUGAAGUAUCUGUGCCUUCAGUGAAAAAUUGGAUUAUAACUGUUCGGUGCAUUGCACCUUUAACACGUUUAUAGCCUCGUGCGUACGCUGUCAACAAAACACGCGUAAAGCAACAAUUUAACCCACUUUUAGUGUACUUUUCGGUUCCAUCGCGGCCGGGGGCAUUCAUUUAAUUAUCAUAACAUUAACAUUCAUAUAAUAACAUUUAGUAAUAACAAUUAAUAAACAUUUUCGCUACUUUCUUUCUGACUUUUAACACUCAACGCGAACCCGAACCCGCACAUGGUCCUUCGAACACCAGGACCUCGCGCGUUUUGAUACUGUGGUUGAUAGUCGUGUGAGGUGAACGAACUUUUUAAAUCAACGAGUGAGGGUUGCAGCGUUUGAAGGAGAGGAGUAGCAGAGUCUCAACAGCAACAGUGGUGGUAUUGGCAGUAACACGCAGCGCUAAGAGAUAUUCAAGUAAGAUCUUUCCUUAUUUUACUUAACCUUCGUCGAUCAAAAUGGCUUACAUUCAACGUCAAGGAGAGAUUCAGCGGUUUAUUGAGGCGUCUUUCUCUAACUUUAAAAAAGAUAGUUCGGAUAGGAAGACGAAGCUUGAAUAUUUUAAAACGCGUUUAGAUACGUUAAACGAAUUAUGGAACGAGUUCAGUUUAACCAUGAACAGAUAAGUAUGGUAGAGAGUCGGUCUAAUUCGUACUUUACUAACAGGAUUUAUGAGAGCGCUAAGGAAACAUAUUCUACUUUCCACAAGAAGCUAACAGCAGGGUAUCAAGCAUUGUUGGAAAAGAGCAUUGAAUCUAAGAUCGACCUCAACCCAUCAGAAGCAAACACGUCUACAACUCUCAACAAGGACCGGGCUGAAACAUCUGCAAAGGAUGAUAAACCAGCAUCCGUCACCGAAAUUGGAGGUAACAAACUUAGCAAACAGCAGAGGGGGACAGAAAGUAAGAUGGACGAAUUGAUGCGAAAGCAACAAGCUAACAUAAAAGCCUUUGCGCGGACCGUGAAUAACAUUCAGAUUGACCAAUUAACAGAGAAGUGGGAGCUCGAGGACGCUCUCAAAACAUUGGAGGCUCGUUGGUCAGUUAUCGAUACAUUGCAUUGGGAAAUGGAAAGCGAGGACUCCCGAAGUGAGUCGGCGUAUGAAGAUACGUUCAACAAGCAUGAAAAAACAACAACAAUAAUAAAAAAGUAUGGUCUGUAAAACAUAAAGUUAAAUCUACACCAGUUUUAGACAUCCCUACGUUUUACGGAAAUUAUAAUUCUUGGGUGUCUUUCAAAGAUGUAUUCAGUGAAGCAAUUCACAAUAAUUCGGCCUUAUCGAACGCUCAAAAAAUGCAAUUUUUGAAGUCAAAGGUGAAGGGAGAAGCAGAGCGUCUAAUUCAAAAUCUUCAGAUUAGUUCGGAUAAUUAUGUAGUUUGCUGGGAGAUUCUUAACAAUCGAUACAAUAACACUAAAUUAAUAUUUAACUCUCACAUGAACAUACUAUUUGGGCUCCCUAGCAUGCAACAGCAAACAUUAGCCCAAAUAAAGAAACUACAUGACACGGCGACAGAGUGCCUGCAUGCAGUUAAAAAUUUAGGGGUAAACAUUAGUACGUGGGAUCCAUUAAUAGUUUAUAUUUUAACUCAAAAGCUCGACUCUGAAACACAUAAAGACUACAUAGAGUCAUUGAAAAACUCAAGGGAAUUGCCGGUACUGAAAGACUUCUUUGAUUUCUUAGAAGGAAAGUUUACAAGUCUCGAAACAUCUCGGCGAAAGCAGGAAACCCCAAUCAAUAGAGUGAACUCUCAACAGUUAUCGACUUCCAACAACAUGAAGAAACCUAUUCAAUCAUACAAUAAUCGUCCGUAUUACAACAGCAAUAGUGGAGCCAGCAAAAGCAAUGUAACUAUUGCCAAAACGAUGCACGUUUCAAGUUAAGUUAGUAAAGUUAUAUAAGGCUGUGGCAAUUUUUCAAUAACAAAAACAUUAAAAUAAUGCGGCCAAGAUAUUUUAACUGGGAUCACAUUGAAAAUUUUUUUGGUCAGGUACGACCGUACAAUUACCGCAAUAAUGACCCUACUUGCCACAGCUUUAUAAACACAUUAAAAUCUUUACUGAUUACAAGAUUUAUUAAAUUUCACUCGGCGGGAUUUAAUUGUGAAGAGGAUUCUGGUUCUCAGUUAAUAAAUAUAAGGUAAUUGUUCGAGCCGAAGGAACGUAAGGAACCAGAGACCAGGAAUCCUCUUGACGAUGCAAGUAUUGAGUGCGAUCUGGAAGGCUUGCAAGCACAAGUUCACCGUGAGCGCUUGAAUGUGUACUCACGAGCAUACACAGCGGGAUGGGUAGUCAGGAAAAUAUCGCAAAAAAUUAAAUGCUAAAACUGUUUCACUGAUCUAACGGCGCCGCAAGAAGGAUCUUGUCACGAUUGGAUCAGUGAAAGAGAAUAUAAUUCUAUAAAAAAUAAGAAACUGUCGUACCCAUCAGAGUAUGUCGUGAGGAUGUUUUAAGACAUUGUAAAGGAAUCAAAUGAAUAUCUGGAGAGGAAGCCCCACAUUUCAGAAAAAAUAAAGCAGCAUAUCCUCUCCAAGUAUUUAUUUGAUUCUCUGAAAUGCGCGGCUCACAAAACAGUUGUGCUUGAAAUGUUAUUAACCGUCAGUGUGAAAUUUGCGAUAUUCAACUGAUGCAAUAUAAUCAAUAAAAUACUGAAAGGCACAGAUAUUUGUCGAUUAGGGAAGCGAUUACCUGUAACUCAAAGAAAAGCUUUGAUAAAGCACAGAAAAAAGUUAAAAAAAUAAACAAAAAUAACUAAUAAGUACGAUGUUUUAUUUCUAAAUUUAAUUUCCCAUGUAAA